GUGUUGUCCCCGUCCACAUCUCUGCUGUGGGACAUAACAUCAGGAAAGCCUGAAGUGAUUCACUGAUGAGUCAACAGCUAUGAGCUAUAAAGCCACAGCACUGAUGGAGUCUAAGCAUGACACAGCUCGCUCACCUCAAGGUGGAUGUUUUUCUAUUCUCAAAGCACAAACUCUCUCACUCCCAAAGAAGGCAUGAUGGCUGUGUACGCUGCCCUUUUCUGCUCCUGUAUAGUGACGGUGCUGACGCUCGCCCAUGGCCGUGCUCUACCUACAGACACUCUGUCUGUCAAACUACAAGUCGAGAACAUCAUCUCCAGAAUCCAGAAACACAAAGACGAGUCCCCAGAUCCUACCCGAGCUGCAGUCCGACAAACCCAUCGAAGGUCUGAGCUCCAUGGUGGAGACGCUGAACAACUUCCAGAGAGUUCUUCACAGCCUGCCCAAGGGUCACAUGAGCCAACUGCACAGUGAUGUAAGCAAACUGCAGCACUACCUGGAAGACAGGAUGAGCUCACUGCAGUGCACACACAGGAAAACAGACACAGAGAAGAACCUGGAGGCCUUCCUGAAAAACCACAACAUGUACUACAUCACCCUGGGUCACAUGGCUCUGGACAGACUGCAGAAAUACUUACAGAGGCUCAACCACAAUCUUGACCAGCUGAGAACAUGCUGAACAGAAUGAUCCUCGUGUUCCUUUUUUUUUUAUUAUUAUUAUUAUUGUAUUUGUUAUAUUUAUUUAUAUCAAUGUAUUUAUGGACCGAAUAACUAUUUGCUAUUUUAUUAUUAUUUUUUUUUUAGAUGUUUGAAUGUGUUUAAUUCACUUAUUUGGGAACCAGACAUGACAUUCCCAUUGGUCUUCACACAUUCAUGCACACAGACACACACGUUAUACAUGCUGACAUCACCACCAGCCAAGUAUUCCCAGUGACGUCACAGUGUUACCGGAAGCCUCCUGACCGAUCGUGCUGGGAAGCACAAAUCCUCUUAUCCUCUUCUCCUCUUCUGACCACCAGCAGACAAUCACUAUGGAUCUGAAUGCACUAUAAUUUUAAAGUAUACUAUUAGCUUAUUUUGAGGUUCUUAGCAUCUGUAAAUUAUCUUAUGAAUGUUUAUUUCUUAUACAUUCAAGUUCUCUGAAAUAAAAGGCACAGUUCUCUAA